AUGUAUGAAAGGAAGGUUGGGCAAAGUAUUAAUCUAGAGUUCGUGAAAAGGGUUGAUGAAUUCAUUGAGUACGUCACAUAUCAUCUCGAGAGUAGUAACCCGAAUGAAGUUAGGUGUCCAUAUGUUAAAUGUAAGAACAAACGACUUUGGGAUGCGGAUACGGUUAAAAUUCACCUGUACCGCAACAGUUUCAUACCUAACUACUAUGAGUGGAUGUGUCACGGGGAAGGGUUUCCGGGAGCUCCUGAAUGGCGGUCCAAUGAAUAUCGUGAAAUGGUUUUCGAUGCUUUUGGUCAUAGUCAAGAUCAGGGGCACUCCGAGCAGGCUAGUGUUUUAUCGGAGGAGGAGCCUAAUGCAACAACUAAGCAUUUUCUUGAUGUUUUGCAGGCUUCUGAAAGGCCAUUAUACGAAGGGAGUUCUUUGUCUGUGUUAGAGAUGGCAGCUAGAAUCACUAGUAUAAAGUGUGAGUAUAAUUUGCCCUACAGAUGUGUUGAUGGGUUUGCUUCUUUGCUAAGUGAAGCGAUUCCGAACAACAGCCAUAUGGCUGACACAUUCUAUGAGGUGAAGAUGAUUGUGAAGGGGUUGGAACUGUCUCAUCAAAAGAUUCAUGCAUGCCAGAAAGGGUGUAUGUUGUUUUGGAAGGAUGAUGCUCAGUUGUCUGCAUGUAGGGUGUAUGGUAGCGACCGUUACAAGCAGACUUCUAAAGGUAGCCUAGUGCCUUUGAAUGUUCUGUUUUAUUUCCCGAUCACACCCAGGUUGCAAAGACUGUUUGCAACCAAGAACAUCUCGAAGGAAAUGGCAUGGAAUUCGAAAAAUCCCCGAGUUCAAGGCACAAUGGCACACCCUAGUGACAGUGAAGCUUGGAAACACCUCGACAGUUCCUUUCUAGAGUUUUCCUCCGAGCCUCGUAAUGUCACUUGGCUUGUGCAUAGAUGGUUUUGCUCCUCAUGGUAA